GUGAGGCGCCGCGGGGCGGGCGGCGGCAGCGGAGCGAGGCAGGGAAGCGCCGAGCAGCAGCGGGAGCAGCAGCCCUCUCGUUUCACCGUAUCGCCACCAUGAGUCGGACCCUUAGGACACUUACGUUCCCCCUCGUCGUCGUUUCCGUGGCGUGCUGCCUUUGCGGGCUGGCCGCGAUCGCAGAGGCGAGUGGCGACUACGACAUCUGUGGAAACAUUUCUGACUGCAAUUCCUGUAUUAAUAAGACAAAUUUAGGCUGCCUGUGGAUCAAAUGUGAAGAUAAAAAACCCGUAUGUCACAAUGAAACAGCAAAAUCUAAGCCUGAAGAAUGUAAAACUGAAACACAGUGUUCACCUGCCACAGUUUCUCCUCCUAGCAAUGUUACUACGGCAUCUUCCAAUGUCACUGUAACACCCACCAAUGCCACCACUGCCUCUUCCAAUGCAACCACAGCGUCUUCCAAUGCUACCACAGCCAGUUCUGCCACCACAGCUCCUACUCCUAUAGCCAACGUCACCAAUGCAACUACUCAUGCUCCUCAGCCUAAACCUACCGUUACUUCAGCUACCAUGACACCCACUACUGCAGGUUCAGAUACUACUGUGGCUCCUGUACCUGUUCCACGCAAAUCUACAUUUGAUGCUGCAAGUUUCAUAGGUGGAAUUGUCCUUGUUCUGGGUCUGCAGGCUGUUAUUUUCUUUCUGUACAAAUUCUGCAGAUCUAAAGACCGAAAUUACCACACGCUUUAGGACCUGCCCCUUGGUAAUGGACUAGUAGCCCAACACCUGUAGUUCACUGAACCAAAAUAUUUUCUGUUGCUCGUGGAAGACAGCAGUUCAUAAUAUCCUUUAAAUCUCUAAAAGAAGACUUUAAAUGAAUAUUUUUGCAACAUUAUAGUUGGCAAGAAGUGAUAUGAAUCUCUUCAACAGGAUUAUUUGCAAUAUGCUGCAUGGGUUCUUAUGGCUGUUUUAUUUUCCUUUAGUGGCUGCUGAUGUGGGACUUUUCUUGAUAUGCCAAAUGUAGAAUGUUUAGAGAUUCUUAUUCAGUGGCAACACUGUCCAGUAGACAAUCGUAAAAUUACUUUUUCUGAAGGCUAAUUGAAACAACAUCUGAUACAGUAUCCCUUCAGUUUUGUUAAGAUGUGAAUUACUGGUGACUGAUUUCAGGGAGUGAAAUACCAUUUAUAGUAGCUUAUGGCUCUUACAGUGUGUUGCUAGAAAGAUGGACAAAAAUGUAGAAUUAGACAAUGUCUUAACAGAAUAACAUAACCUUUUUUUUUUUUUAAA